AUGCCAAUCUCCGUCAAAGAGACAGUGACACGCCUCGCAGCUAUUUCCAAGCUUCUAGUACUAUCCUACAUAAUCGACUGGAUAUUCAUCAUCGGCAUCGCCCUAAUCGGCUAUGGCUUCUACAAACAACCUCCAAACCACCACCCCUUCAGCUUAACCGAUCCAACAAUCAGCUACCCCCUCACCAAAGAAACCGUAACAACCAAAACCCUGCUCCUAGUCUGCCUCUUCGCCCCGGCUAUUAUAAUCCUCCUGUUCUCAUGGCUACUCGUCCCAGCGAAGGCCACCUCCUCCACCUCCACCUCUAACCCCGGCUCUUCUAAAUCCCCCGCAGCGCAAUAUAUCCGCCGCAAAUUCUGGGAAUGGAACGUCGGCUGGAUGGGGCUCGCGCUGGCCCUCGCAAGCACCUGGACCGCUACCCAGGGUCUGAAGGCCUUAAUCGGAAAGCCGCGACCUGAUCUUCUCGCGCGCUGCAAUCCAGACGUAGCGCGCAUUGCGGAGUUCACAGUUGGCGGGCUUGGGGAGUCGGUGCGGGGUGCGGCGACGCUUGUUUCGUGGGAGAUUUGUCGCGACAGGAGUAGUUCGUUGCGCAUUGAUGGCUUUGCGAGUUUUCCGAGUGGGCAUUCUUCUUUCUCCUUCGCCGGCUUAAUUUACCUAACCCUCUGGCUCUGCUCGAAAUUCUCCGUCGCAUUUCCUUAUCUCCCGCGCUACCCGAUUGAAGACCAGAGCUACAGCGAUGAUAGUUUAUCCGUGCGGAAACGCGGCGCCGCGCCGCCCGUCUACCUAAUGCUGAUUGCGUUCUUCCCGACUGCCACGGCAUGCUUUAUUGCUGGGUCGCGCUGGUUCAAUUACAGACAUAAUGGCUUUGAUAUUCUCUUCGGCGCGGCGAUCGGCCUUUUCUUCGCUUAUAUCGCGUUUAACAUGUACCAUCUUCCGAUUCGGCGCGGUGGCGGCUGGGCUUGGGGUGCGCGCAGUCGGAGACGCGCUUUUGUGCGGGGGGUUGGCUUUCCGAGUUCUCUGGGCACUGAUGGGUGGGCCGAUGAGCGGGGUUUGGAUGUGGAUGUUGAGGGUGCGGCUGCGGUGCGGGAUAUGGUGUUUAGGGGGCAGGCACAGGGACGUAUCAAGCCGGAGAGUAGUGAGAGUGAGGCUGUUAGGCAUGAGGGGUGA